ACGUGAUGCUGCGCUCGGUGCGGCGUGUUUCAGGUCUUUUUGCAGCUACCUUUAUGCGCUCCAACUUUGUUCCAAGGCGCGCAUCUUUGGAGUAUUCUACUGAUCCUUCAAAUAGUCAUCGAGGCGCCAGUGUGCAGUUAACAUUCGAAUGGCCGUGUAAUGGAACUCGGAAAACGGUUUCUGCAAACGUGGGUGAUACGCUCCUCGAUGUCGUUUCAGAAAAUGAUCUUGAUAUCGACGGCUUUGGUGCUUGUGGAGGGGAGCUUGCUUGCUCAACCUGUCAUUUGAUUUUGAGUGAUGAUGUUUAUAAUAAGCUUCCGAAUCCACCCUCUGAAGAAGAAUUGGAUUUGUUAGACAUUGCUCCAAACACAACGGAUACGCAAGUCCUAGUUGAAUUGGCCAUAUCAGUCUAG